UUCCAAAGCUUAACAGGCCUCAUAUUUACCGUAACACAUGGUGUUUGUGUUUUUCAUAUUCUGUAGCAAAGUUGGCGUGAAUAUUAUAGCAAGGCAGUGUGCUUGGUAGCUUGGCAAGGAUUAGGUGGCUUUUAGAUCCUGACUAAUUGAGUGUUUGGUGUUAUAAAGGGAAACUUAUAGCUUAGAAUUCCCGUGAAUCUGUCAAACUUUGAUAGCGGAUUGAUGGAUUGGACAAUUUUACGGAUGACUAAAACAAUAUUAUUUACAACUAUUAUUAGAAGAGGAAUUUUCGGUUGAAUCAAUAUUGCGUUUUCUAAUAUAAUAGGCGUAUCGCAACUAUUCUGCAUAAUCAACAUAUAAAUGUUUGAAAAAUAAGCAAAUACUGAUGCGAUUAGUAUGUUUUAUAGAACAACUUUAUUUAUCUGUGUGCUUGGAAAAGUAGUUUUAGGACAAUGAUGAAAUGAUUAAAAUUAAAUGGUAUUAUCAUAUAUGGGUCACGUUUUCUGUUAAAAUCAUAAGAUAUUUAAUAUUUACAUUAUCACACAAUGGGCGCGAGCAGUGCAAGCUUUAAAAUUACAUAUUUGCUGCCAUCUCGUUGAAAUCGUCGAAAACUGCCCGUUCCGAGUUUUAGCGUAACACCCUGUAACAGCGUAACAGUAGAAAAACCAGUGUGCUUUGAUUAGGAACGACUCUGUGUAGGUUUGUUUGUUGAUCCAACUGUCAGAAGCAUUUGUUUAUACCGCAACUAGUGAGCGGCAAUGAAAAGUAAAAAAUAGCAGUAGUUUAGUGUGAAGUUAGUGCAGAGACAGCGAAUGUGUUUUUCCAAGGGGGAACUGUUCAAUAAAGAUUACUGAAAGUUUCAAAGUGUCGUUCCGAUUUUUGAUAAUAAUCCAUUAACUGCGACACAAACCGGCCACGCAUCGUAAAACCGCCUAAUCGCCAGUAACACAUUCACAUCGACCAUCAGCGACGAACCUGACUGGAUUACCACUCACCACACCACCACGACGACGAGCGACCGCCGCCACUUGGUUUACCAAACAAGCAGAACCCACAUCGGUCGUGACCGCCAAACCGGAGGCGAAAUGAGCAGCCGAAAAAAAUCGUAGAUAGAUCGACGUCGUCAUCGCCGUACUCAGUUCCACCUCAGCAGCUCCAGCGUAGAUAUCUACCAACACAUUUCAGCCGAAAACAAAAAAAAAAACACUCCAAAGCACGUCUUGCGAGCGGUGAACGAAACGAAUAACGAGAAGAAUGAGUGAAAUGCGCUGACUCGCCGUGUGCCGAAAACUGCCUUCCCGUAGAUCGCCUCCAUCACAACGUUGCUGAGUUUCAUCCGUGGCGGUUCGUGGCGAUCGCGGUUUAUUUACACCCGGGCAGAGAGAGAGAGCGAAAACGUGGAAGAAAGUGUGAUCGCGGUUGUGUGCUUAUGCUGACCAAAUCAUUUUUUUGGGUUAACUCACCGUUAUAACAGUUUCAUUUCCGGAAUUUGAAUUGCAAGUGACCGACCAGCAACCGCUCGAAAGGUUUAGGUCGAAAUUGUGUGCAUUGAUAGUGUGAAUCUGGGAUAAGUUAACAACACUCGAUCGGAACCAUGGCGUGGCUAAUAGGUGCCGGGAUCGUGCUUGUGCUUCUGUUCUGUAUCUUCUACUUCAUGAAGUCUUCGAAGGAAAUGCCCAAGAAUUUCUCCCAGCUUGUGUCGGAGAUAAAAGUGCAACAGUGCGGUUUCCUUGGAAUCGUGGAGGACAUUGUGCUGCGGGGUGCAAACAAAGUCGAUCUCUACAAGCAACCGGGAAAAAUUGCCCUCGUUACCGGUGGAAACCGCGGCAUCGGGUUGCGCAUCGUGAAAAAACUCGUCGAAUGCGACAUCGAGGUGAUACUAGGUGUCCGCAAUCCGGAGAGUUCUAAAAAAGCCGUCGAAGAGUAUCUGGAGCAGGGCAAGGUGAUGGCCGGAGCCAAGCUGCACUACGAAAAGCUUGACAUCGGCAGUAUGAAAUCGGUGCGCGAUUUCGCGGCCAGAGUUCAGUCAAAGUUUGACAAAAUUCACAUCCUCAUCAAUAAUGCCGGUGUGAUGGGUGUCCCCUACAAGCUGACCGACGAUGGGCUGGAGUCUCAUAUGGCAAUCAACUACUACGGUCACUUUUUGCUGACCCAUCUGCUGCUGCCACAGUUGCGUGCCGCCGGAACCAAGGAAUGCCGGGCACGAAUCGUUAACGUGUCGUCGUGCGUCAACAAAAUCGGAGAUAUCAACUAUGGUGACAUCAAUAGGACCAAAGACUACUACCCCGCGGAUGCGUACAACCAGAGCAAACUGGUCCAGGUGCUAUUCGCGAAGCACACCAACCUGCAGUUCGAGGAGGACAACGAUCUGGUGCAGGCCCACUCGGUGCAUCCGGGCGUCGUGAAUACGGAUCUGUUUGAACAUUCCAGCACCACCUACAUUCCGUGGGUGCGGCAGAUGUUGUUCAAGAGCCCCGAGCAAGGAUCCCGUACCAUCGUGUAUGCCGCUAUCGCACCGGAACUGGAGGGCAAAGGGGGUACCUACCUGAGCAACUGUCGAGUGAUGACUUGUCAUCGCUUCUGGAAGAACUCGGUCCAGUGCGACAAGCUGUUCCGCUUCACCUGUGAUACGCUAGGGAUUAAGGACUUUUUCCACAAGGAAUCAACCGGAAAAGUAGUGUUAUAAAUGGCAACUUUUUUCCGACACCGUAUUUUUUUCUGGGACUCACUAGUGCAUUUAGGUUAAGAGGCAUCACAAGCACUGUCAUCACACUGUGCAGGUUACAUUAUUUUUCGUUAGACGUUGAAUUCUAAUUUUUAUCUUUACGGUCGGUCGCUUCCAAGCAUCGUCGUGAGAAAAAGGUGAAAAGAAAGUCACAUCACUGCAACUGAAAACUGCAACCAGACUCCAUUAGCAUAGUGCAAGUACUCGAGCUAGGGGAGGGUAUCAGUCUCACUGAGACGGCGAUGAAGCACUCGGAGGAAGCAAUCGAGUUUCGGAUUAUGAUAAUACAUUCCAGCGUUCUUUUUUUUCACCUACCUUUAAUCCGUUCCAUUUUGCUCCGUCCUCGUUUGUAGUUGAUAAGCUGGCAGGAAUUUAUUCAAUACGAGUAAUAAAGGUGCAUAUAAACGGUACUAGUUUA